UUACUUUGUUAAACUCACCGAGAAAAAGUCAGAACUGAGAUAAAAAAAAAAAAAUUGUUACUAACUGGUACCUCCCCGCAUAAACUAGACCUAUUAAUCUGAUUUUAUACUACUGACAUGUUCUUAUUAUUCUGUGAUUUUCUUGUUCAGGCAAAGAGGAUGUCAGAGAGUCUGCAUAGUCGCUGGGCAAAAAUCCGGUGGGGAGAUGAGGUGGUGUACGAGCCACGAAGCUCAUCACCGGAGACAAUACCGGAAGUACCGGUGUUGAGGAGAAGAACAGUGACAGAGGUGAGGAUGUCUAGAGCCCCCCAGAGCUCGGUGUCGUCCGUUAGAGGGAGAAAUUACCUAGCCGGAGUAGAGAGAGUGAUGAAGAGGACCACUACGCAGUCUACACAGACCCCCCCUUUGUGCCAGCUGCGUGCCAAUCAAACCACACCGGCCCCCAAGAGUGUUCGUACAGUCGGUACGACAGGAUCUAAGGUCUAUCUGGAGGUGAGAUCCAACACGUGCUGGAAGUGCGGCAAGACAUGCCCCUCGCGGCAGGAGUGUCGAGGUCCACCACUCCUAUUUUGCAGCAGAUGUGGUUUGAUAGGUACGCAGACCAGGUACUGCGAGUGCGUACCCAGGAAACUGGCCCCACGACCGCCAGCAACUAGGUCGGAACAACCAGCCAGGCAUCCAUGUGCAAGAUGCACAGAAAGGGAGGCCAUGCAGCGGAAAAUGAGAUAGAAAAAAAAAAAAGAAUGAUGG